AUGGCAGCAGCCGCAGUCCAGAGACAUGAUGUUCAGACGACACUCACCUUCUACAAACCCAAUGCAGAUGGAUCACCGCCUGCGCCGGCUUACAUGGCGCGACCAGAAACAUUUGAGCGUCCCUCGGAGAACCACCAAGUGACCGUGCACGAUGUUACUGGAGAGGAGGCCAAGUACACACUGGACGACCAUGGCUUUCAAUUUGUCACAUCGCCUAGCAAAGAGAAGGACUUCGUGGAUGCGGACCGAAUCAAGGACAUUUACUACAAGGAAGUUGAACAGCUCCUGAAAGAAGUAACUGGCGCUACGCGUGUGCAUAUCUUCGACCACACGAUUCGAAGGCCUGCCAAGAAGGAAAGCAAUGAGACCCAGGGUAACAGAGCAGUAUCGCAUAAUGCAGAGAAGCAAGGUCGCCGCCCCAUUGGUCCGACAUUCUCGGUUCACGUCGACCAGUCUUAUGAAUCUGCGCUCUCACGCGUCGCAUUCCAUUUGCCUGAAGAUGCCGACAAGCUUCUCAAAGGCCGGGUGCAGAUCAUCAAUGUCUGGAGGCCCAUCAAAACGGUCCGGCGAGAUCCUCUGGCUCUAUCGCCGUCGUGGUGUUUCUCUGAGGAAGAUCUCGUCGUGAGUCCCGUUGUAUAUCCUCAUGGGAACCGCACCGGCGCGACACUCUCAGUCAAGUACACCGACCGCCAGCUGUGGUACUACAAAUGGCAUCAAACCCCAGACGAGGCGGUUAUAUUCAAGUGUUUUGAUACCCGUGCUGGUGCGCAGAGUGCGAAGAAAUAUGAAAAGCGUGCGAAGAGGGUGCCGCAUACAGCGUUCAAGAUCCCAGGGACUGAAGGGGAAGAAGAGCGUGAGAGUAUUGAGGUGCGCUGCCUGGUAUUUGACGAGAACGAUGUCGAGGAAGAUUGA